GAUUGAUGGAUAUUCAAUUAGAGGUCUUCUCCAAGCCUAGAUUAAUUGCGGAUGCAGUUUCUCCUUUGGGCUUUCUGCCUUGAUUCCUGAACUAGCUGGAGGUGGAAAAGAGGUGGGAAAGAAGGUAGAGUGGAGUGUUUAUCAGGUGCUUGCAAUGUGCCAGGUACUAAAUUUAGUUCAUCCCCUUUCUUAAAGGAGCUCACAGUCUAGUAGGAAGAAAAAGAUGUAAGAAUAAUUAAUGCAGUGUAAUAUAUAAUAUAACAUAACAUAAGGCUAUAAUGAACAAAGAGCUUAUACCCUGGUUUCUUUAGGGGUACCUCGUUAUUCUGUGGCAAGGUCUAUAGUUACGGCAUUUGACUUUAUGCUUUGUUGCAGAGUAAGUUUAAGGUCAGACUGAGACAAUGUCCACCUACCUGCAUGUCUUACAUAGAAAAACACAGAUUUUUAUAAGUAGCCAUGAUCUACUGGAGGUUCCUAAGAAGGUGAGAGAGUGUGGAGAAGGGGAAUGAGUAGAUAAGUUAGAGAAAUCUUUUUAUCUAAUACUUCACAUCCCUUUUUCUAUUGAUGAACAAAUACAAAGAUUGGCUAAUUUGAUUUUAGAAUCUUCUUCCUUUGCCUCGGCACCCUAUUAGAGAAAAUGGAUUUUUAAAAUCUGGUAACAACUUCCAAGAAGCUGGAGUAGACAUAUUUUUCCCUAUUCCUCCUGCUAAGUACAACCAGAAAUACAGAACGUUAUUUGUAAAACAAUCAUAAGAAUACUCUGAAAAGUGAAGAGAAGAAGACAAACCAGCUAAGGACCUUGGAAUCCAAAGAAUGACAUGGUGGCUGAGAUGGAUCUAGAGGCGGGAAGGAUCGGAACAGUCCGGGUCCCCAGAAAAACGGAGGACGAAUUUGAACGGGGCAGCAGCAGCAGCAGCAAACAAGAUAAGGAAAAAACGAAGAAAGUAAAUUUGAUUGGACCAUUAACAUUGUUUCGAUAUUCUGAUUGGCAGGAUAAAUUAUUUAUGUCCUUUGGCACUAUCAUGGCCAUAGCUCAUGGGUCAGGUCUCCCCCUCAUGAUGAUAGUAUUUGGAGAAAUGACUGACAGAUUUGUUAAUAUUGGAGGAAACUUCUCCUUUCCAGUGAAUUUUUCCUUGUUAAUGCUAAAUCCAGCCAGAAUUCUGGAAGAAGAAAUGACUAGAUAUGCAUAUUAUUAUUCAGGAUUAGGUGCUGGCGUUCUUGUUGCUGCCUAUAUACAGGUUUCAUUUUGGACUUUGGCAGCUGCCCGACAGAUUAAGAAAAUUAGGCAAGAGUUUUUUCAUGCUAUUCUACGACAGGAAAUAGGCUGGUUUGACAUCAAUGAUACCACUGAACUCAACACUCGGCUAACAGAUGACAUCUCCAAAAUCAGUGAAGGAAUUGGUGACAAGGUUGGAAUGUUCUUUCAAGCAAUAGCCACGUUUUUUGCAGGAUUCAUAGUAGGGUUUCUCAGAGGAUGGAAGCUCACCCUUGUGAUAAUGGCUAUCAGCCCUAUCCUGGGACUCUCUACAGCUGUUUGGGCAAAGAUACUCUCAGCAUUUAGUGACAAAGAACUAGCUGCGUAUGCAAAAGCAGGUGCUGUGGCAGAAGAGGCUCUGGGGGCCAUCAGGACUGUGAUAGCUUUUGGGGGCCAGAACAGAGAGCUGAAAAGGUAUCAGAAACAUCUAGAAAAUGCCAAAAAGGUCGGAAUUAAAAAAGCUAUUUCGGCGAACAUUUCCAUGGGCAUUGCCUUCCUGUUAAUAUACGCGUCAUAUGCGUUGGCCUUCUGGUAUGCAUCCACUCUAGUUAUAGCAAAAGAAUACACUGUUGGAAAUGCAAUGACGGUCUUUUUCUCAAUCAUGAUCGGAGCCUUCAGCAUUGGACAGGCUGCUCCUUGUAUUGAUGCUUUUGCCAAUGCAAGAGGAGCAGCAUAUGCGAUCUUUGCUAUUAUUGAUAAUAAACCUAAAAUUGACAGUUUUUCAGAGAGAGGACACAAACCAGAUAACAUCAAAGGGAAUUUGGAGUUCAGAGAUGUUCAUUUCUGUUAUCCAGCUCGACCUGAUGUCAAGAUCUUAAAGGCCCUCAACUUGAAGGUAGACAGCGGUCAGAUGGUGGCCCUGGUUGGGAACAGUGGCUGUGGGAAAAGCACAGUGGUCCAGCUGAUACAGAGGCUCUAUGACCCCACAGAGGGCAUGAUUACCAUCGAUGGGCAGGAUAUUAGGAUGUUUAACGUAAGGUAUCUGAGGGAAAUAAUUGGAGUGGUGAGUCAGGAGCCGGUGCUAUUUUCUACCACCAUUGCUGAAAAUAUUCGUUAUGGCCGUGGAAAUGUAACAAUGGAUGAAAUAAAGAAAGCUGUCAAGGAAGCCAACGCCUAUGAGUUUAUCAUGAAACUACCACAGAAAUUUGACACCCUGGUUGGAGAGAGAGGGGCCCAGCUGAGUGGUGGACAGAAGCAGAGAAUCGCCAUCGCUCGGGCUCUGGUUCGCAGCCCCAAGAUCCUGCUGCUGGAUGAGGCCACCUCAGCGCUGGACACUGAGAGUGAAGCUGAGGUACAGGCAGCUUUGGAUAAGGCCAGGGAAGGCCGGACCACCAUAGUGAUAGCACACCGAUUGUCUACAAUCCGAAAUGCAGAUGUCAUUGCUGGGUUUGAGGAUGGAGUCAUUGUGGAGCAAGGAAGCCACAAAGAACUAAUGAAGAAGGAAGGGGUGUACUUCAGGCUUGUUAACAUGCAGACAUUAGGAAGCCAGAUCCAGUCAGAAGAAUUUAAAGUUGCACUAACUGAUGAAAAGCCUGCCAUGGGUUUGGCUCGUCCCAUAGUUAGGAGUUCUUUUCAUAAAAGCCUGAGGAAUUCACGAAAGUAUCAGAAUGCCUUUGAUGUGGAAACCAUUGAACUUGAUGAAACUGUGCCGCCGGUGUCUUUUAUGAAGAUCCUGAAACUGAAUAAAACAGAAUGGCCCUACUUUGUGGUGGGAACUCUGUGUGCUGUUGCCAACGGGGCGCUUCAGCCGGCCUUCUCGGUCAUCUUCUCAGAGAUUAUAGAGAUUUUUGGACCAGGGGACGAUGAAGUGAAGCAGCAGAAAUGCAACAUGUUCUCGUUGCUCUUUUUAGGUCUGGGAAUUAUUUCUUUUUUUACUUUCUUCCUUCAGGGCUUCACAUUUGGGAAGGCUGGCGAGAUCCUCACCACAAGGCUUCGGUCCAUGGCUUUUAAAGCAAUGCUGAGACAGGACAUGAGCUGGUUUGAUGAUCAUAAAAACAGUACUGGUGUGCUUUCUACGAGACUUGCGAUGGAUGCCUCCCAAGUCCAAGGGGCCACUGGGACCAGGUUGGCUUUAAUUGCACAGAACACAGCUAACCUUGGAACUGGUAUUAUCAUAUCAUUUGUCUACGGUUGGCAAUUAACCCUUUUGAUGUUAUCGGUUGUUCCAAUUAUUGCUGUAUCAGGAAUUGUUGAAAUGAAACUGCUGGCUGGAAAUGCCAAAAGAGAUAAAAAAGAACUGGAAACUGUUGGAAAGAUUGCAACAGAGGCAAUAGAAAAUAUUAGGACAGUUGUGUCCUUGACCCAGGAAAGAAAAUUUGAAUCAAUGUAUGUUGAAAACUUGUAUGGAGCUUACAGGAAUUCUGUGCGGAAAGCACACAUCUAUGGAAUUACUUUUAGUAUUUCACAAGCAUUUAUGUAUUUUUCCCAUGCCGGUUGUUUUCGGUUUGGUGCCUAUCUCAUUGUGAAUGGACAUAUGCACUUCAGAGAUGUUAUUAUGGUGUUUUCAGCGAUCGUGUUGGGCGCCGUGGCUCUAGGACACGCGAGUUCCUUUGCUCCAGACUAUGCUAAAGCCAAGUUGUCUGCAGCGCACUUAUUCAGUCUGUUUGAAAGACAACCUUUGAUUGACAGCCACAGUGAGGAAGGCCUGAGGCCUGGGGUUGCAAGGAUGAGCACGUCAAAAGUAAAGAACCCCCAAAUCCAGAUGUACUAGAACUGAAUAAUCUCCACGAAAAUUGUGAGUCAUUUCUGCAUGGAAGGUAUGUGCCUGUAGCUCUGUGUGUAACUGCAUUAGCAAUUUGGCUUUCAUCGCAUGUUGUCGUCACAGCGUUACGACUGGUGAGAAGGCCACUUUAUUCAGAGUAGGAGGAAUAGUCCUUUACUAUCCCCAAACUUAGAUGUCAGUGUUCUUUGUGUUCCUUGCAUAACGCAAGCCGCUGCACGUUUUAAUGCAGGCGAAGCAGCGUGGGUAAAGCGAUGGGGACUUAACACAACCGUUUUGGAACUUCACCAGGUAUUUCCUGUUCUGAGAAAAAAGCUGUGCCCAGUGAGGGAGAUAAAGAGGCCACCAGGGCUGCAGGCAAGGGAUAGACGGCAGGUAGAAACUGCUCUAAAUCCCCAAGCCUCUGAGCCUCGGGCCAUUGACUUGGCUCCAGCCGCAAAAUCAUCAGUUGGGAAAACUAAGUAUUUGUCUUCAAUGAACCAGAAAUGUUGAGUUUAGUUAACAACUCUGUAAUAUGACUCUCUUUAACCUGUACCCCUGGCUCCCAUCUUCAUUUUAUAAAACAACUUGCUGCCAGUACUAACUGGUGCCAGUACCUGUACUGAACAUGAAUUGUAUGUUUCUCUGCUAUAGUGUUUGCUAGAGCUUCCUUGAAAUUAUACUUUUUUUUUUUUUUAAUUUAUUUUUGGCUGCAUUGGGUCCUCAUUGCUGCACGUGGGCUUUCUCUAGUUGCAGUGAACGGGAGCUACCCUUCGUUGCGGUGCGCGGGCUUCUCAUUGGGGUGGCUUCUCUUGUUGCGGAGCACGGGCUCUAGGUGCAUGGGCUUCAUUAGUUGUGGCUCACGGGCUCAGUAGUUGUGGCGCAUGGGCGCAGUAGCUCCACGGCAUGUGGGAUCGUCCCGGACCAGGGCUCGAACCCGUGUCCCCUGCAUUGGCAGGAGG